AUGAAGGAAACUCCACUAGAGGGUGAUGAUGCCCAGUUGGCGGCGAUGGGCCAUCGGCCCGAACUCCAGCGAAGUUUUUCAACAUGGUCAAUGCUAGGAUUGGCAUUUGCUGUUCUCAAUUCAUGGACAGCACUUUCGGCCAGUUUAUCGAUUAGUCUAACAUCUGGUGGAAGCACAAGUGUGAUAUGGGGACUCGUGACGGCGGGAUUCUGCAACUUAUGCAUCGCAUGCUCGUUGGCGGAGUUCCUUUCAGCAUAUCCGACAGCAGGAGGGCAAUACCAUUGGGUUGCAGCGAUCGCAUGGCCCAAAUGGGUACCGAUUCUAUCUUGGAUCACAGGCUGGAUCAAUGUGGCGGGCUGGGUUGCCCUGGUCGCUACAAACUCGCUACUGUCAAGUCAACUUAUCGUUGGAAUUAUCUCCACACUUCACUCGACCUAUGAGCCGCAACGCUGGCAUCAAUUCCUCAUUUACAUUGGACUGACCAUUGGUUCAUUUGUGAUAAAUGCUUUUAUGAACUCCAUUUUGCCGGUAAUCUAUCGCGGUGCUUUUGCGUGGUCUAUUGGAGGGUUUGUGGUUGUAUCUAUCACAGUCCUCGCAUGCGCGUCUCCCAACUACAACUCCGCCUACUUCGUCUUCUGUGACUUUGUCAACCAAACAGGCUGGCCUGAUGGAGUCGCAUGGCUUCUUGGUUUACUUCAAGGAGGCCUUGGUGUGACCGCUUUUGAUGCGGUUGCACAUAUGAUUGAAGAGGUACCCAAUGCCUCAAUCGAAGGACCCAAAAUCAUGGUUUCCUGCGUCGGAAUCGGCACAGUGACCGGAUCGAUCUUCCUCAUUGUUCUUCUUUUUGUGGCUGGCAACAUGGAACAAGUGACAACCUCGGCAGCUGGGCCGCUUUUGCAGAUCCUACUCGAUGCAACGAAGAGCAACGCAGGUGCUAUUUGCCUUUUGAUGCUUCCUCUUGUAUGCUUGGUUUUCGCUAUCAUCAGCGUUAUGACUACCAGUAGCCGAAUGAUUUUUGCUUUUGCAAGAGACGGUGGCCUUCCUGCUUCUCGAUUCUUUGCGACAGUGCACCCUACACUCAAGCUGCCCCUCAACGCACUCAUGUUGAGUGUUGUUGUGGUUAUUGCAUUCGGAUGUAUCUUUCUGGGAUCAUCGAGUGCUUUCAAUGCGAUUAUCUCAGCUUCAGUCGUUGCACUCGACCUAUCCUACGGAAUUCCCAUUGCCAUCAAUUGUCUCCAGGGACGUCGAAGAAUACCCGAGCGAAAAUGGAAAUUGCCAAGUGCGGUUGGAUGGUUUGCCGAUAUUGUUUCCUUAUCUUAUAUCAGUCUCACCACUGUCUUAUUCGUUUUCCCUCCAUCAAGCACCGUAACGGGGAGCAGCAUGAACUACUGCAUUGCAGCUUUCGCUGUCAUAAUCAUCAUCUCUGUCUUCCAGUGGAUCGUUGACGGAAGAAAGAACUUCACCGGUCCUCGCUUUGAUAUGACAAUCGAUGCCCUGGAUGCCAUGCCCACAGAGCAGGAGCCCAGUAUACAAGAGAAGUGA